AUGGCAACCCGCUCCCGGAGCACCGCUUGUCCCGCGUCCCCUCUCAAUCAAGGAGAGUUGGGACCCACUCUUCUGGCAACCGCCGCUGAGUCAUCAGGCCUUGAACCCGAGGAACUCAAAGAAACCAAGGAGGCAACCAAGGAAGCCCAAGACUGGAUGGGAGCAAUCAACCAAGCUCUCACUUGCAUCAAGGCUAGGGGUGGAGCCCCACACACACCAGAAGACCAGAAACCUCCGGCAGUCAAGGCCACGCCCAGGCCCUUACCAAAAACCAACACUGUUCCAGCGCCUAGUGCGCCCCUCAUCUCCUGGGCCAACCCCAGUAAAGCUCCCCCCACCUUUGCUCAACCAACCCCCGUCCGGGUCCCCCCGAGAAGCUAUACUCCCCCUCCGCCUUUGCCUAUCCGACUCCGUUCCCCCCAAGUCCCACAACCAGCGCCCCCUGUAGCCACUUACCAAGCCCCGGUCAAAGUGGACCACCCUGAUGCCUAUACAGGGAAGAUAGGGAACAAAGCCCGCCAAUGGCUUACACAAAUGUUGGCAUGGGUACGUCUAAAUCAACGGAUGUUCCCCACGGAUCAGGAGGUUCUGUCGUUCCUCCUCAUGAACAUGAAGGACGUAGCAGGAGCCUGGGCUCACCCCCACCUUGAUCAACUUGGGUCCCACAGGGCCCUUAUCCAAACAGUUGACGAGUUCAAAACGGAGUUCUUGGCUGCAUUCGGGAACCCGGAUGCCACGCAAGCCGCCAAGCGGCAAAUCACACAACUUACUCAGACAGGAACCUGUGCUGAGUACAUCACAAAGUUUAGGACCAUUGCCAUGGACCUAGACUGGAACGACGCCGCCCUUUGUGGGCAAUUUGCACGUGGCCUCCACUGGGAGGUCAGCCGCCUCAUUGCCACUCAAGAGCGGCGCCCAACUACCCUCCUGGAGCUGCAGAACGCGGCCCUGGUCAUUGAUAACGCCCUCCGCGAGGAGCGUGCCAGCCACCCGCCUAAGGGUAGUAAGUCUGGAACUUCCUCCACCCCCAAUAGGGGGGCAAGUACCGGCCAACAGGCCACAAGACCAGGACGCCUUUCCAGCGACCCCAAUUUUGUCUCCAAGGAAGAGCAAAACUGCCGCCGGGCCAAAGGCCUAUGCAUCAAGUGCGGCAAGUUGGGCCACAAGUUUGCGGAAUGCCGCACCAGCUGGAAAGCCACGCCUAAGGAGGAAGGCAUCAAAAAGGAAGCUGCCAAAGACCCCAAGGACUCUGGCUUGUGUAUCGAAUUUUGUAACAUAUCUAGUAGUAAAAUAUCACCCCUCUUCACCAUUUUGAUCACACCAGAGAAAAAAGCGGAAUCACUAGAAGUCCUGAUAGACUCAGGCGCCACCUCAUCCUUUCUCCACCCCCGUACCGUGGAAGCACUCCGCCUCCCUCUCAUAGAUCUUCCCUCACCCCGCACCGUUACCAUGCUUGAUGGGUUGAGCCCCCAGGCUGGCAAAAUUUGGAAGAAGGCUAAUCUAACCUUUUCCUUUGAUGGCAAACGUAUGACAGAGACCUUCUUAAUUUGUAACACAGGGUCUCACGCAGCCAUCCUGGGACUAAAAUGGUUAGAUACCCAUAACCCAGAUAUCAAUUGGAAUCAACGGACUCUCUCCUUCCCUCACGCGCCACCAGAGCAUGUAGUCAUUGCUGAAGAAGAGGAAGCUGAUCAAAACCCCCUCGAAGGAGUUCCCUCCAAAUACCAUCAAUACGCCAAGGUAUUUGGAGAGGAAGAGUUCAACAAGCUACCUCUGCACCAGCAUUAUGACAUUGGGAUUGAGCUAACGGAAGAAGGCCCCUUGAAUUCCCCACUGUAUAGCAUGACUGACGCCGAAUCCGCUACACUCAAAGAUUGGCUCAGGGAUGAACUCAAGGCAGGCAAGAUCCGCCCUAGUAAAUCUUCCAUCAGCUCCCCCAUAAUGUUUGUACCAAAAAAGGAUGGCUCCCGUCGUUUGGUUGUGGACUAUUGCCGCCUUAACAAUUGCACCAAAAAGAACGUCUACCCGCUUCCCCGUCCAGACAACCUCAUGGCUCAGCUCCGUGGUGCCAAGGUUUUUACUAAGCUAGACUUACGCUGGGGUUACAACAACGUACGGGUAAAAGAAGGUGACAAAUGGAAGACCGCUUUUCAAACUAAGUACAGCCUCUACAAAUCCCUGGUUAUGACCUUUGGCUUAACAAAUGCACCUGCCGCCUUUCAGCAUUUCAUGAACAAGCUAUUCAAGGAUUUACUAGAUGUAUGCGUCAUUAUUUACCUUGAUGACAUCCUGAUAUACUCUAAGGAUGACGCAUCACAUACACUCCACAUUCACAAGGUCCUGAAGCAACUAAUGGAGAACCAACUGUUCUGCAAGGCGUCCAAGUGCACAUUCCACGUCACCUCUGUGGAAUACCUGGGGAUCAUUGUCUCAGAUAAGGGUUUCAGCCUGGAUAAGCUCAAAAUCCAGGCGGUACAAGAAUGGCCGGUUCCUACUAAGGUCAAAGAAGUCCAAUCAUUUCUAGGAUUUGCCAACUUCCUUUGUCGUUUUGUCGCCAACUUUAGCCACUUGGCCAGGCCAUUACAUAACCUGGUCAAGAAGGAAACACCGUGGAAGUGGGGUACCAAGGAACAAGAAGCCUUCCAAGGAUUAAAGGUUGCCAUCACCAACGCCCCGGUCCUUUGCCACGCCGACCCUUCCAGGCCCUACUUCCUAGAAACAGAUGCCUCCGGCGCAGCUUUAGGCUCUAUACUCAGUCAACAACAGGAAGACGGCCGCUUGCAUCCACUAGGAUUCCUAUCAGAAUCUUUCAAAGGUGCCAAACAGAAUUACGACACCCACGAUAAGGAGCUCUUGGCAAUCAUCCGUUCAUUUGAGUACUGGCAAAUCUUCUUGGAAGGAACCCUUCACCCCAUCACCGUAUUUACCAAUCACCGAAACCUGGAAUACUGGAAGGAGUCCCGGACAUUCAACCGCCGCCAUGCUAGAUGGCACCUAUUGCUAGCCAGCUACAAUUUCCAGAUUGUGUACAGGCCCGGAAAACAAUCGGGGAAACCAGAUGCCUUAUCACGUCAAUUGGACCACGCGGAUGUUCCACCAGGACCCCAGUCCAUGCUACCAGAUCAGGUAUUUGCCAAUGUUGCCUUGGUUACACCGGAAAAAGAACUGCAACGGCAGAUCGAGUCAUCCCUGGAUCAGGACAAGUCCCUGGAAGAAAUCCUUCAGUUCCUGCAGAGCAAGUCCAAGGCACCCCCCUCCAUCAAACGUGCGUUCAAAGAUUAUGAAAUGGAGGCUGGCCUACUCUUCUACCAAGGACGAAUUGUAGUCCCUGACGUAGGAACACUGAGAACAGACCUACUGCGUAUCUUCCACAAUAGCCCCUUGGCAGGACACCCGGGCAGGCAACGCACGCUAGAAUUGUUAUCAAGAAGCUACUACUGGCCGGGCAUCCGUGCUGAUACAUACUGGCAUGUGGAUUCCUGUGAGGUGUGCCAACGGAUUAGGAAGCCAAGAUACACAUCAAUUCCCCCUCAGCCGCUUGAACUCCCCGUUAGGCCCUGGCAGCAUGUGUCUUACGACAUGAUAGUGGAUCUACCUAAAGACGGAAACACAGAUUCAAUCCUGGUAAUUGUUGACAGCUUUACUAAGUACGGGAUCUUUGUAAAAUGCACCAAGAAACUCAAAGCACCCGAGUUGGCGGAACUAUUCCUGGAAAACGUAUGGAAGCGCCAUGGCAUGCCGGAAAAAACCAUAUCCAACAGAGGGAGGGUUUUCAAUAACAAGUUCUUACGUGCCUUGUACAAACGCCUGGGCAUUGACCCGCACUUCUCCUCUGCCUAUCACCCCCAGAGCAACGGACAAAUGGAACGCGUCAAUCCCUCUAUCGAACAUUUCCUCAGGGCUUACUCAGGAGUAAACCAAAGGGAUUGGACCAAAUGGCUCCCAAUGGCAGAAUUUGCGUACAACAAUGCCGUACACAGCAGCACGGGCAAGACCCCUUUCAAAGCCCUGUAUGGGUGGGAACCCACCUUAACCCCGUCAAACGUGCCAACAGACGUACCAGAAGCAGACGACCUUGCCCAGACAAUGGAGGAACAAUGGAAGGAAGUAGAAUCGGCACUCCGGCAAUCCAAACAACAAAUGAUAGCCGGAGAAGGAGGAAGCCCAACGGAAUUCAAAAUUGGAGAAGAAGCUUGGCUAGACGCCAAGAAUGUCAACCUCAGAACCUUAAGUCCCAAGCUAACGGAACAACGCUUAGGACCAUUCAAGGUUAUUGAGAAGAUAUCCGACCGGGCUUACCGCCUAGAACUUCCCCCAACAAUGCAGAUCCACAACGUGUUUUAUGUAGGACUACUGUCUAAAGUCAAAAGGGAUAGAAAGCGCGCCUUCAAGAAUCGCCCUCCACCAGUCACUGUGGACGGAGAAGAAGAAUACGAGGUGGAAGGGAUCACUGAUGCUGAAGAAAGAAACGGAAAAUGGUUUUUCCAAGUCAAAUGGAAGGGGUACGGGUCCAAAGAGAACACAUGGGAACCCAGAGAAAACCUGAAAAAUGCGGAAAAAUUUUAG